CUCGAUGUCUUGAAUGCAGGCCGGGAGCCAGACCAUGGCAGAGGGGCUUCCAGGGUCGACUUUUAAGUAGAGCUGGAUGAGGUGGGAAGCAUGUAGAUAUUGAAGAGAAGGGGCCCAAGAACAUAUCCUUGGGGGACACCACAAGUGACUGGGUUUGCAACACCACUGCUUCCAUCAUAGAAAACAGACUGCAUGCGUCCAGAUAGAGGAGCAGGAGGACGGGAGUCUGUAGCCAGAGAGCCAGCGUUCACCCCAGAGCACGCCCCUCACCACACAGCACAACACCGCAUAGCGCACGCACCACGAUCCCCGGAGAAAAAGAGCAGUUUUCGUGCACGGAGGAUUGUGGCUAACGGUGUGUCUUUUUGUUUACUUUUGGACUUUGAACCUUUUUGUUAUUUGGCCCCAAUACCAUCGAUUGGUAGCGGCGUUUAUUAUUAUUUCUUGUUUGGAUUACUUUUUGGAACUUUUAUUGGGAAACGGCAGCCUGGACAGUAUACUCUUUUGCACUGCACCAGUCUUCAUUACCACAGUUGGUGAUCAGAAGAGGGAUCAGGGAUGGACGUCGUCGCAUUGGGAGCAAUACUGGAAGCGCAGGAGAGAAGACAUCAAGAGGGAAUGGCAACCAUGAUGGAGCGGAUGCUUUCCAUGUUCCUGGAGGCCAAUCGAGGAGGGGGACCGGCAACUGAACCAACACCACCUGUUCCCAGGAUAAAGGAGGUGAAGAUGUCACUGGAGGAUGAUCCCGAGGCCUACUUAGUAGCUUUUGAAAGGCAGGCUAUGGCAGCACAGUGGCCUCGGGAUUGGUGGGCUACCCAGUUGGGCCCCAAUUUGAUCGGGGAGGCCCAGGCAGCCUACCAAGCCUUAACAAAUGAAGACACCCUUGAUUAUGAUCAUGUGAGGCAGGCCAUUCUUCAGCGACUGGAUAUCACUGAAGAGACCCACCGUCGACGGUUCCGGGAAUACCAGCGACCCUCAGGACUGCGACCCCGCAUGGUGGCGCAACAACUGGUGGACCACGUGACCCGGUGGCUCUGCCCCGGCACCAAUAGUGCGGCGAAAAUAACUGAGCUCAUCGCCAUUGAGCAGUUUGUGAAGGUGCUGGGGCCGGACACCCGGACCUGGGUCAGUCGUCCCACCACACUGGAUGCAGCAGUUCGAUUGGCCGAAGGGUUCGAGGAUGCCCUCCCUUCCGCUCCAGUGGUCACCCUUCCUGCUCCUGCCUCCAGUAGACCGCAAGCGGCCACACCACCACCACCACCCUGUGUCACCCUCACUACCCACGGACCAGCACUGCAAUGUCACUCCAUGGGCGGCCUCCCUCCAACACAGUGGAGAGUGAGGGCGACCCCCAGUGGGGUAAGAGCAGAGUACCCCUCCCCGCUGCCAAACCGGCAACGGGACACGCAGGCUCCGUGGGCACCCUUUCGCCCCACAUGUUACCGGUGCCAGGAGGUCGGUCACCUGGCGCGGAAUUGUCCAGCGGCCAUGGAGUCUGGGGUGACCUCCCAUUACGUCCUGACAGCACCAGAGGAGCAGGAGGACGGGAGGCUGUAGCCAGAGAGCCAGCAUUCACCCCAGAGCACGUCCCUCACCACACAGCACAACACCGCACAGCGCACGCACCACGAUCCCCAGAGGAAAAGAGCACAGUUUUCGUGCACGAAGGAUAGUGGCUAACGGCGUGUCAUUUUGUUUACUUUUGGACUUUGAACCUUUUUGUUAUUUGGCCCCAAUACCAUCAAUUGGUAGCGGCGCUUAUUAUUAUUUCUUGUUUGGAUUACUUUUUGGAACUUUCUGUUGAAUUGUAAAUAAAUAUCGUUAUUAU